GAGGGGAGCGCGGUCAUGUGAUUGAGUCAAGAUGGCGUCGUCCAGCUCUUUGUGGCUCCUGGCUCUCGCUUUCCUGCCGGGGUCCUGCGCUUCCCUGGCGCUGGGGCAUCUUGACCCGCCGGCCCCGGUGCCUCUGGUGAUCUGGCAUGGGAUGGGAGACAGCUGUUGUAAUCCCUUAAGCAUGGGCGCUAUUAAAAAAAUGGUCGAGAAGAAAAUACCUGGAAUUUACGUCUUGUCUUUAGAGAUUGGGAAGACCCUGGUAGAGGAUGUGGAGAACAGCUUCUUUUUGAAUGUCAACUCCCAAGUAACAACGGUGUGUCAGAUUCUUGCUAAGGAUCCUAAAUUGCAGCAAGGCUACAAUGCUAUGGGAUUCUCCCAGGGAGGCCAAUUUCUGAGGGCAGUGGCUCAGAGAUGCCCAUCACCUCCUAUGAUCAAUCUCAUAUCAGUUGGGGGACAACAUCAAGGUGUUUUUGGACUCCCUCGGUGCCCAGGAGAGAGCUCUCACAUCUGUGACUUGAUCAGAAAAACACUGAAUGCUGGAGCUUACAAAAAAGCUAUACAAGAACGCCUGGUGCAAGCAGAAUACUGGCACGACCCCAUAAAGGAGGACAUAUACCGCAACCACAGCAUCUUCUUGGCAGAUAUUAAUCAGGAGAGAGGUGUCAAUGAGUCCUACAAGAAAAACCUGAUGGCCCUGAAGAAGUUUGUGAUGGUGAAAUUCCUCAAUGAUUCCAUUGUGGACCCCGUGGAUUCUGAGUGGUUUGGAUUUUACAGAAGUGGCCAAGCCAAGGAAACCAUUCCCUUACAGGAGAGCACCCUGUACACACAGGACCGCCUGGGGCUAAAGGCAAUGGACAACGCAGGACAGCUGGUGUUCCUGGCUCUCGAAGGGGACCAUCUUCAACUGUCUGAAGCAUGGUUUUAUGCCCACAUCAUACCCUUCCUUGAGUGAAACCCUUGUAGUUUGCACCAGAGCUCAGAGAACCCCUCACACUUCCAAACCAGUUCCCUCCAUGCCCAAGCCAGAGCUCAGAUCCAGCUAGAAACUAAUCCUUCCCUUGUCACUGUCUAACAUGCCCUGCUUGGAAAGAUCCAAGAUAGGAAUCUUAUCCUUUGCCUCAUCCUAUCAGCAUAUGGUGUUGAAUGCAAGUUUAAUUAGCUAAUAACCAUGGAGAUUGUUUUACAACCCUUUGAUGUGGUCAGACUGUUUUAGGAAUCAGGAGUUUGCUGCAGGUCAGUGGCAGAACUGUGCCCAGGCCCGGAAGAGACUAAACAAACUAAACCAAUGAGAUAGAGUCUAAGGCAGAUGCCCUUCUCAGGAAAAUCUAGCCACAUCUCAAACCAAGAGGCCUGUACCAAGGCCUAAGGUAUUCACAUAAAUGCUUUCUCAGUUGUGCUGGUGGAGAUUUGACCAGUGCUUGGAGAAGUAUUGCUUGGAUGAUGUGUCCACAUAAUUUCUUGAGGCUGUCCUCCUCUCUUUGAGUGUGUUGCUUUCUGUGGUGUCUUAGCUAUUAUUAGACAAAUUUGGGCAGCCCACCAUCUUGCUUUGGUAGCACUUUUUUUUGUCUCCUCAGGUAGUGAUGAAUUCGUUGCUCUGUCACAAAAGGAGGGAAAUAGCACCCAAUUGGAUUGCUUAAGGGAGGAAGUAUACAUAUUGCUUAACUUAGAUGGGGCAGGGGAGGUUUAAAGAAAAAUAGGAGGUAGUUGGUUCUUUCCAUUCCAUCCUUGAUGAACCUGCCCUUUCUAAAUAUGACGAGUGGUGUGGAUUCUAGAGUCACUCUAUUGCUGGCAUUAGCAAAGAAAGGGAGGAAAAAUGCGAAGAGAUCAGGCUUUCUAACUUCCAUCUCAAAAAUUUGAGAUUACCGCACACUUCAAACUGCUUCUGAUGUGUUCUUUGAAAAAAAGAGUGCUCAAAAAGCUUAGGGAGUAUGCCAUCUCCCUUUUCUCCUCUUGAAGAUCAACCCACCUUAGAAUAUUAAGGACUCUGAAAAUUCCUGUUACAGUAAAGAAAACUAACCUUAAUCUACCGUUUCCCACGCUAUUUGAGCAUGGACGUCUUAACCCCCAAUCCCUUAUCCCAUGAAAACCUAGCAACACUUUUUGGAAGAUUGUUCUGCAGAAUGCCAGUUUGCGGAAAUGGGUAGCUAUACUUGAGGGAAGCACUUUGUUAGUGCUGCAAAGUUUACCCUCUGUGAUUUUUCUUUCGCCUCUCUCAAGACUUUUCAAUUAAGAGGAUGAAAGGCAAGAAGUGGGGACGUGUGAAAAUAAUUUUAUGAAGUUGUUUAAAAUAAAGAGUAGUUUCUUAUCCUUGGUGUCAUUUUUCUUUUCAAAGUCCUUACAUCUCUGUACAGCAAAUAUCAUACAUAAAUACUAAGCAAGUUUGGUAUUAAUUUUAUUCUAUUUUCUGUAUAACUUUAAGUACAUAAAGGUUCAUUUCCGCAGGCCUCAGGAAAUGGGUAGAAAUCACAGGACAAUCUCUCUUCCCACCAAAAAAAAGUUGCAUAUUUUGGUAAAGUGUUUGUCCUAGAGGAAAAACUGAAAUUUACAUUAGCAAUGCUGUGCAAGAUUUUUACACAAGACCUAAAACCAGCCUGCAAUGGAGAUUUUAGUCCUCUGUUCAGAUGCCCAGACAGAAGGAAGCCAAAAGCUGUUGAGCAUGACAGGGCAAAGGAAGCAAUAAAGAUGGAUGAUGGGCACCCAGCAUGGAAGGAGAAAGAGAAGCCAGAUUCCUGGGAAAUGGUGUGGUUUUCCUUUUUUUUCUCUUUUUAAGUCAUCUCUGUAGGAAGGUGCUGGGCAGAAGCCCCAGAGAGAGGAAGGGUCCAAGACUCCUUUAGCUGGCCUGGGUGCAGGGCACCACCACAGCAGCUAACACAGGACAACCUACUAUCUCAGGUUCAGGCAGAUGCAGGAUGGAAUGCAGAAGAAAA